GUUUUUAAUGGUGAAUUUAAUGAAGCUUAUCAAUACUCAAAAUCCAACUUAAAAUUUUUGUUACUAAUAUUAUACAAUAAUAAAUUUUAUUCAAAUUUAUUUUUGCAAAAUAUUUUUUUCAAAAACUCAAAUAACCUAUUCAGUUUGAUCCAAAAUCAUGGUGAUAAUUUUAUUGUUUGGGGUGGAAAUACAAACUAUUUGGAAUCAUUUUUGAUUGGUAACACAUAUAAAGCAAAAUUUUUACCCUUUGUUGCCUUAAUCGGUAAUGUGUCAACAUUUAAUAAUACAUUUCCAACAAUGUCUAUCAUUUAUAAAGAAAAU